AGUAGGUCUCAGCCUACAUAUUGUCUUUGAAUUAAAUUAGAUGCUUUUCUGUGAAAGUUGAACCUGGUUGCAGAAAUAAAUCCGCAUUUUGCGGAUAGUUUCUGUAUUUUGUUCCUUCACUCAUGUCGAUGCUUUCUACUUGUUCACAUAAAGCUCAUUAAGCCUUAAAGUGAGCAGCUGCCCCCCCUCCGCUGUGGAGACGCACCGGUUGCGCACAGUUUGCUGACGUUGCCUGUGAAGCGGAGGCAGCUUCAUCGCCGCUUUCCUCUCCAGGGAAUCAACGUUGCUCUGAAAAGAUGUUCUUCUUUCAACAUGUGCUGAAGUGAGGAAGAUGGAGCAGCAGGUGGAGAACCAAAGCCAGUUGCUCAGCGCAGGGGCGCUGCCGGCCACAGUCCUAAUGGGAGUGGGGGUGGAUAACUUUAUCUCCCUCCUCAUAUUCGGGAUCAUCUUCAUCCUGGGGGUGCUGGGGAACAGCCUGGUGAUCACCGUGCUGGCGCGCAGCAAACCGGGCCAGCCGAGGAGCACCACCAACAUCUUCAUCCUCAACCUGAGCGUGGCGGACCUGUCCUACCUCCUCUUCUGCGUCCCCUUCCAGUCCACCAUCUACAUGCUGCCCACCUGGGUGCUGGGAGCUUUCAUCUGCAAGUUCAUCCACUACUUCUUCACCGUCUCCAUGCUGGUCAGCAUCUUCACGCUCUCCGCCAUGUCCGUGGACCGCUACGUGGCCAUCGUCCACGCCAGGAAAGCCUCGUCGAUCCGCGUGGGGAGGCACGCGCUGCUCGGCGUGGUGCUGAUCUGGACGGUGUCCGUGGUGAUGGCCGCGCCCGUGGCGCACUACCAGAGCAUCGUGGAGCGGGAGGACAACAACACCUUCUGCUGGGAGGUCUGGCCGGAGCAGCACAGGAAGAUCUACGUGAUGUGCACCUUUGUGUUCGGCUACCUGCUGCCGCUCUGCCUCAUCUCGGUCUGCUACGCAAAGGUCUUAAACCAUCUGCACAAAAAGCUGAGGAACAUCUCCAAGAAAUCAGAGUUGUCCAAAAAGAAGGUGGGUGGAAACACAGUUGAUGUUGAUCUGGGUCCAAGAGGUUAUGGGAGCAGCUCUAUGAACGCCACAAACACGGCUCCACUCCUGUCGCUUCACUGCCUCAUUCGGUCGGAGGAGCUUUCACCUCAACAUGGCGGACCUGAGUUCCAGGGGCGGGUUUCAGUGGAGAUGAGAGGAAGAAAGCCGACAGAGCGAGAGGACCUCCGCCUGGCAGAGGAGCUGGGGGGCCGGGGUCAGCGGGUACAGCUGCCCUUUGGGGGCUAA